UUUCUGUCCCUGGGAAUGUUCCUUGUCUGUAUUAGGGUAGAGAAAGUUUUAUUUGAAUCAUACAAGUUUACUUUUCUAUUUCCCAGAACAAAUGGUCUAAGUCAAUUACCAUGUUUAUAAGUUAGUGUUCUUUUUGCAAAUAUCAAGUUUAAGUUAAAAAAUAUAGUCAGUUAUUGACAGAAUUCAAAACUAUAUAGCAAUGAAGAAAAACAUGCUGAAUGAUAAUUUGUGUUUAAGUAAAAUUCUUCUGACAUUAAGAUAAUAAAUUUAAGGUACAGAAAAGAUUGUGUAAAAUGGUAUAGUAUCAUCAAUUUCACCUAGCCUAAGCAAUUAAAUUGUUUUAUAACUAUGAGCUUAAUAUUUUAUGUUCAUGAACUUUGUCUCUUCCAACUUUUAAAUUCUAAUUAUAAAUGCUUAGAUGUCUCACUUUUCCUAAUAUUCUAUUUUAUAAAAACAGGUGAUUAAGCAACUAAAUUGGAAAUAGUUGCACAUCUAGUUAUGAGUACAUAACUACUAGAAAAUGCAGUUUGUAUACCGCAUGUAAGUGCACCUGAGUAUCCACAUUAAGACAAUUUCUGCAGAGAUGAACACGAAUUUGGGGAACAUUUUGAAUUGUUAACUCUAUGCGGAUAAACACCCAUGACCUUCAGUCAGGAUGCACAGAACAGAAAUUCUUCCCUCUUCCACAUACAGAAGUGUCUGAUACGAUCUUGUGAAAAAAAAAUUAUAAAACUACAUCAUUACAUGUGAAGAAAAGGAAAGUGCCAAGUAACAGAAAUGAAGAGGGAACAUACAAAGUAGAGUAGGAAUUAAAGGAAUUCCAUGAGCUACCAAAAGCUGGGGUGGGUUUAGUAUUUGUGCCUAAUUAGGGGACUAAAACUGAGUUUCUUAGAUGAAGUAGUGAGUAGUGAACUAGGAAAAACAGAACACAAUCUAUACACACAGACAGUAAAUCUCUGUGGCUUCUCCCCGAUUUUACGUGAGGGAUCCACUUGGGCUAUAAAAAUUAGUAGAGAAAAAUGAGGCCCAUAUUUAUACUACCCAGGCUACAACAGGGAAACUCCAUGGGGCCCUAGAAGUGGCAACCACAAAAAUGGUUUAAGAAUAUAUCCAGAGUCCUCAAGGCAUCGGUCCUCUGUGGCAUUGGAGGAAUCUUGUUGCAUGUCGGCCUAUGUGCACAUGCACAGACAUGGCUUCAUGACUGUACCCAACAAGCCACCCAAAGCUAUUGGGACCUGCCCCACCCAACCCGCGCAAGGUCAUUCCCAGCAGAGCUAUCAGCCCUGUGGACAUCAGAGCUAUAGUGGCUACAGCCAGUCAGGGGACAGUUUAGGCUACAGCCAAAACACCUACGGUUCUUCUGGACAGGCCCAAAACACAGGCUAUGGCACCAGUCAGCUCCCCACAGACAUAGAGCAACUGGUGGCUAUGGCUGUGGCUAGUUUUCAGUCAUCUUAUGGGCAACAUCCUAAUCUGGCUAUGACCCACAGCCAGCUCCUAGCAGCACCCCAGGAAGUUACAGUAGUUGUUCUCAGAGCAAUAACUAGGGGCAGACCCACAGUGGGGGUCAUGGAGGGCAAGGGCGAAGAGGACCCAUGGGCCUUGGAGGCUAUGGAGAUGGUGACAGUGGUGGUGGUGGUCAGCAGCCUAGCUAUGGACAGCUCCUAUAAUCGUCCUCAGUGCUAUGGACAACAGAACCAGUACAGCAGUAGCAGUGGAGGUGGUGGAGAGAUCAAUGGCCAAGAUCAGUCCCACAUGAGUGGUGGCAGCUGUGGCUGAGGUUAUGACGAUCAGGACCAGAGUAGUGAUGAUGGUGGUGGCUACAGGGGAGGCCAGCAGGACAGUGGGGGAUGAGGCCAUGGAUACAGUGGCAGUGUCGGUGGAAGUGACUGUGGUGGCUUCCAUAGAUUUGGUAGCUCUCGGGACCAAGGAUCACAUCAUGACUCUGAAUAGGAUAAUUCAGAUACCACCACCAUCUUCAUGCAAGGCCUGAUGAGAAUGUUACAACUGAGUCUGUGACUGACAUGUUCAAUUAGAUUGGUAGUAUUAAGACAAAUAAGAAAGCAAGGCAGCCCACGAUUAAUCUGUACACAGGGAAACAGGCAAGCUGAAGGGAGAGGCAACGGUAUCAUCUGAUAACCCACUUUUGCUAAAACAGCUAUUGACAGGUUUGAUGAUGGUGACAGUGGUGGUGGUGGCCAGUGAGAAUUCCCCAGUGGCGGUGGUGGCAGUGGUGGCAGUGGAGGACAGCGGUGAACUAGGGACUGGAAAGUUUCCUAAUCCUACAAGUGAGAACAUGAACUUCUCUUGGAAGAAUGAAUGCAACCAGUGUAAGACCCCUAAACCAUAUAAGCCCAGAGGAGGGCCAGGAGGCUUCUUAUAUGGGGGAUAGCUAUCAAGAUGAUCAUCAUGAUGGCCAAGGAGGCUAUGAUCAGGGAGACUACUGAGGCCAAAGCAGGGGUCAUGGAGGCUUCUGAGGAGGCUGAGGUAGUAGGGACAGAGGUGGGUUUGGCCCUGGCAAGGUGGACUCCAGGGAUGACCACAGACAGGAUUGCAGGAAGAAGCCAUAUUAGCCUGCCUCCUGAGAUCCUGGGACAGCUUGUCUUAUAUACCCAGUGUUAACAUCAUUAUUUUGUAACCUUCCAGCUCCUGGUCACCCACAUUUUUUUGUGUCAAGAUUGUAAUCUCUGGUUCCCAUUUAAAAAAACAUCACUUUAGUUAAAUAUUCUUCCUUUAACCCCUCUUCAGAGGACUGAUGUCCAAGUCAGGAAUGUGAGGGUGUUUUCUUCCCUCAGCUCAUCCUACCUAGCAGGAACCGGAAUAAAGUGUUGGAUACUUGGGGGUGGGGGCAGUGGAGAAUGUAUCCACAAUGCAGGGCACUCCAGAUAUCCUUGUACAAGACAAUUUCCCACUGAAGGUAAACGACUAACAAAGUUCACUAAAUCCACUUGCCCACCACCAAGAGAAAUUGACAGUGGCCACAAGAAAGAUAUUUAUUCUUCAGAAGCCAAAAUAACCUAAUAAUGUAAGGGAUCUUUUAACAUAAAUGCCCUUUAACUAUUCAAAGGAAAUAAAUAGACAUAGGAUCCAUAAACCAAGAUGAACACAGUAUAAACUUUAUGGUUGACUUCAUAUAAACAUCAUUUAUUCACCAUAUUAUAUAUGCCAUGAUAUACAGCUCUGAAAGGAAAUCUGUCUUUCCUGUAAUACCAAUAACAUAAAGAAAUUUUAAAAAGAUUCAGCAUAUUUACUUGUUUUUUAUAGUCAAGUUAAUGAAUACAAAAUACAUAUCCAAAUAUUUUGAGUAAUUUCUUCAAGUACCUUUUAUUCAAAUAUGAGUAUGGUACUCCUUCAGGAAACUGUCCUUCCUUGGACAGGAACCCAGGAAAAGAUGACCUUUACAAGGGUCAGAGUCAAAUAUGUUGGUUUCCAAAAUCAGUGACAGUAAUAUUCAACUUUCCAAAAGUAUUCUGCAAAGGUACACUGUGCGACAAUAUCAAUUAGAAAUAUUCUAUUUCUU